UAUUCUCGGAAUCCCUGAGCAAAAUCCACGGCAACGGAUCUUGCCACCACGGCCGCAGUCCUACUACGAGUAUCCAAUCCAGUAUAUAUACACACAUUAUAAGAAUAAUAAACAUUGACGUACAUACAGCUCGCGAGCCAGGAAAGCAGCCAAGAAAGAGAGAGAGAGAGAGAGGAGGGGAUUCACCACCAUGGUUUCACUAGGUGUUGUCCCUUUCAUUUUUGUGUUUCUCCUUCUUGAAUGUUCUGCAAGGCCUCUCUAUCCACUCCCCAGUAAAAUUAGCAAUACAAACAAACAGCCUCUGCAGACCUUCCGCCCAUACAACAUUGCACAUCGAGGCUCAAAUGGUGAGCUUCCUGAAGAAACUGCUGCUGCAUACAUGAGAGCCAUUGAAGAGGGUACAGACUUUAUAGAAACAGAUAUCCUAGCCUCAAAAGAUGGCGUGCUUAUAUGUUUCCAUGAUGUAACCCUUGAUGAUACAACUGAUAUAGCAACCCACAAGGAGUUCGCAAAUCGUAAGAGGACCUAUGAUGUCCAAGGUUUCAACACAACUGGUUAUUUCACUGUUGAUUUCACACUAAAAGAACUAAAGUCAUUGCGGGUGAAGCAGAGGUACCCCUUCCGGGAUCAACAGUAUAAUGGAAAAUACCAGAUCAUUACAUUUGAGGAGUACAUUGCAAUUGCUUUGGAUGCAUCAAGAGUUGUUGGCAUUUAUCCAGAGAUUAAAAAUCCAGUAUUUAUCAACCAACAGGUGAAAUGGCCAGGCGGUAAGAAAUUUGAGGACAUAUUUGUGGAAACACUUAAGAAGUAUGGAUACAAGGGUUCAUAUAUGUCAAAAGAUUGGUUGAGACAGCCUGCAUUUAUACAGUCAUUUGCUCCAACAUCGCUUAUUUAUGUCUCAAACCUGACUGAUCUGCCCAAAAUCUUCCUGAUUGAUGAUGUGACAAUGCCAACCCAGGACACAAAUCAGUCAUAUUGGGAAAUCACUUCAGAUCCAUACCUUGACUUCAUCAAGGAUUACGUAGUGGGGAUUGGACCUUGGAAGGAUACAGUGGUUCCUGUACUGAAUAAUUAUUUGCAAACCCCUACGGAUCUUGUUGCCAGAGCACAUGCCCAUAACUUACAGGUGCACCCAUAUACCUAUCGGAAUGAGGACAAAUUCUUACACUUGAACUUCAAGCAAGACCCUUACAUGGAAUUUGAUUACUGGAUAAACCAGAUACAAGUGGAUGGACUCUUUACAGACUUCACAGGCAGCCUCAAUAAGUUUCUAGAAUGGACCCACCCAAGCCGCCAAGGUGAUGAUGAUGAUAAUGCUGAUGCAGAUUCAAUAUUGCAUAAGAUUGCAGCAAUGCUUGCCAAGUAUAAUAGAAAGAAAUAAAAACAUAUUUAAGAUGGCUGUUCUCUCUCUCUCUCUAGGCAUUCUUAGUUUUCUAAUGUUACUUCAACAGAUAUGAGUAUUAGUACACUACUACUCUUGCGGAGUAACAUUUCAUUACAGAUAUCUCACGUGUCCAUUUCAAAUAUCAAUGGCUUUUGUUUUGGCAGUUACAGCCAUCUAUGUUCAGAGAGUAUUAUAUUUUCUA